ACAGAUACUGGACACUGGAGACAUAGUUGGAGAUCUUGGAUUCUAAAAGCCCAAAAGAAAAAGGUCCAGGUCAAAGAUCAUGAAUGAAAACAACUGACAGGUUGAAGAUAAAUUUAAAAAACAUGAUCGCUGUGUAAAUAAUAAAAGUAGAAUAGAAUAUUGAAGUGACAGUUAAAAAUGAAUAAAACUCGUGGUGAUAAAAAGUCAAGCCAGUUACCUGCAUGGCUCUGGCCAACGUCAAAUGUCCUGCCUCCGAUGUACAGAAGAGUCUGGGAUGCUGUGAAGGAAGAUCGACUGGGACUUGGAGCCAUUCAAGGCGAGCUACUGGUGGACACCAAUAAAGUAUUUCCUCUGCUGCUUACUAGUCAACUGCCAACUGAAGUAUUAGGUUACAUUUGGAGUCUUGCUAAUCAGAAGUAUGCUGGACAACUUACUGAGCAGGAGCUGUACAUCGUACUGGCACUUACUGCUAUCGCACAGACUUCCUACGCAUUUACAAACCUGGAUGUUCUCCAUAUGUUGCCUGGACCACCGAUUCCGCGGCUUAAUUUGAAUAUUUUACUCCAGACUGGUACUAGCGUGCAGUCCCCGCUGGAGUCCAGUCUAAUUGGAGACUUUGAUGGCAAACGUGACCGGAGAGGUAAUAAAAAUUUUGACGUCUACUCGACGAACGUUCCUGCUGUCAACUCGGUCACUGAGCCGAGAGUUGAUCAAAGGGUACCGGGUGUGUCUGCCAGCAGGAGUUUCGCUGAUGAUAAAUUGAACCCUGUGAGUAAUGACAGUAAAAGUCACAAUUUUAUUUCAUCUUCGGUGGAUUUUAAUGAUGAUUUCACUGAGUUUCAAAGUGCGCCGAUUACGUCUCAUGUUCCUAGCAUAUUAAAGUUGGAUUCUAAGCAGGGAUCAGCCAUUGGCAGCAGACUGGCUAAUCAUAAUCUCAGUGGAGGAAUCAGUCUUGCUGAUAAAAAAAAAUCUAGUUCAAGUAAAAAUAAUAGUAGUAAUGGUCAUAUGGGUCGUGGUAAUUUGAUGGGUUCACCGGUGAUUAAUAAAGACCGUAUUGAUAAUUCAAAUAAUUUAUUUUCAAAGUGUGUUGUUAAGAAUCAAGCCAGCACUGUUAUUCUUAAGGAUACUAUUAUUAGAAGUAGUAGUGAACAAGUCCAACAAAUGUCUAGCAGUUCUAGUUCCAGAGAAAUAAAUGGAGAUAAUAUAUCAGUACCAGUAUCAGUACCAGUACCAGUAGCAGUACCAGUAUCAGUACCAGUACCAGUAGCAGUACCAGUACCUGCCCCAGUAUCUGUACCAGGAUCUAGACCUGAAAUUUCACCGCAGGAUUUAAUGAGCCUACAGCCAGUUGAAGACAAGUACAGCGCACUCAGAGUACUUGUAGAAGAACCACCAAAGUCAGCACCAGAAGAAAAUCCAGAUGGAUCUGAUCUUCUUGAUGACUUCGGUGACUUUGUGUCCGCAGAACAGACAACUGAGAGUUUUGAUACAGCGGUAGCUAGUGUUGAUGAUUCCAUGGAUUUGUUCAGUGACUUUGAGCAAUUUUUGCCGAGUGUUAAUGAUAAAUCAGAGAUAUCUUUUGCUCAGGAAACAAUAGAAGCUUUUGCGCAACUCGAAAUCACUGCGAGUCCGGAAAAAACUAUAAACUUUCUUGAAGAAAAGUAUGAAGUCACUAUUGAUCCAGAAAAAGUUAUGCAGAAAGAGGACACGAUAUCGGUAAGUAGUAUCGAUAUUGGCAAUGGAACAGUUUUGACUCGCUCCAAUUCAGUUCCUAGUUUAGAUCUUAAAUCUUUUCUUCCCGCCAAUGCCGAAGAAGACAAAGAGGCUGAAAAUAUGCACCAGUUAAUUUAUUGGGAGUGGAAGCAAUAUAUGGAGAGCUGCGUGCUGCUGCUUCAAGUAGCUGCCAACAUUUUUACAAGCAUCAACUCCGAAACGGUACUCCAAGAAGUUCUCAAUUCUGCUCAGGGAUACAAUUUUCUUUGCAAUUUAGCUGAAGUCGCUGGUGUCUGUCGACGUGUUAAUUUUUCCCACAAAGAAAUGGACAUAAACAUAAUGGGUUUUGAUGAUUUGCUGAUGGAAAUAGACAAAAUUUGGGCGGAAAUGGAACCAUUUUAUGCAAACAUUCCGAUCGUAACCGAGUUACCAGCUUUUCCCCAGCAUCAAAACCAUGGAUCAGCUUGCGCACUUUGCUUGACAAUUGUCACCAGUGAUAAAAUUGUUUACAAUGAAAAUAUUUAUCACGUAACUUGUGCUAAUUUGUGGCUUAAUUGUGUUAAUAAUACUCUGCCAGCUCUGCGUUAUGUUCCGUCUCAUGGACAUGCCAUCACUGCUGGAGGUAGUCAAAUUUAAUUGAGAAGACUUAU